GAGGAGUUGAAGAUGACAAGGGAACAAUAUAUCUUGGCAACACAACAUAACAACCUACAGAGACCUGAAAAUCAACAAGUUUAUCAAGUAGGAAUUUAUGGUUGGCGAAAGCGGUGGCUAUACUUUUUUGUGCUCCUCCUAAUGGUGACAAUGAUUGUCAAUCUUGCAUUGACAAUAUGGAUAUUGAAAGUAAUGAAAUUCUCUGUGGAUGGAAUGGGUAACCUGAAAAUCACAAAUAAAGGGGUACGGCUGGAAGGCAAAUCCGAAUUCCUCCUUCCAUUAUAUGUCAAAGAAGUUCACUCACGAAAGGACAGCCCACUGAUGUUGCAGUCUGACAGGAAUGUAACCGUGAAUGCUCGCAAUAACCUUGGACAGAUUACCGGGCAGCUGACAGUUGGUUCUAAUGCUGUGGAGGCCCAGUGCAAAAAGUUUGAAGUGAAAGCACAGGAUGGCAAGAAAUUACUGUUUUCUGCAGAUGAAAGUGAAAUUGCCAUUGGUGUUGACAAACUGCGUGUGACAGGUCCAGAAGGUGCAGUGUUUGAACAAUCAGUGGAAACACCUCACAUCAGAGCCGAAUCCUCACAAGAACUCAAGCUGGAAUCUCCGACUAGGACUCUGACAAUGGAAGCCCCAAAGGGAGUGCACAUUACUGCAGCUGAAGGAGACCUCAAGGCAACCUGUCGAAGAGAAUUACAGCUCCAAUCCACAGAUGGGGAGAUAUUUUUAAAUGCAAAAACAAUCCGUUUGGGAAACAUCCCCCAGGGCUUCAGCUCUUCGCCCUCAGCCAGUCCUUUGAACCUCCGGCAGACUGUCUAUGAGGUGUGCGUGUGUCCCAAUGGCAAACUGUUUUUAUCUCCAGCAGCGUCGGGAUCCACCUGCCAGUCGAACAGCAACAUCUGUUUGCGGAUUUAA